AUGGAUAUUUCAGACAUAUCAAAGGCUCUCAUUACGGUAUCCGCAAUGAUCAUCGACACAUACACUCAAACAAUCAAAAUGCACACAAUGGACACGAAGUUGCUUGCUGCCAUCGACGAAGAUGGACUUCCCUUGAUUCGACAUGGACCUGAGCGACAAGAACUUCAGUCGCUCCAGAAAUAUAGCUUCGUUGUUACUAAGAUAGCGAUGGCUGUUUUUGCGAUUCUUGGGGUAAUUGUUGGUGUCGUUCUUUUCGCUGGUAUCAUUCAUUUCGUAUCCACGCUAUCAACAAGAUAG